CCUCUCCAAGAGAACAGUACAUCGGGAUUAGCUUCACCUGUGAGUUAGUAAAGAAAAAAGACAAAUGUGCAGAAGUAGAGCCUUAUGAACCUUUAUCUUUUUUUCUGGCACAAUGGGCAAGGAGAAAGUUUUGAAGAACUAAGACUCCUUUGCCACUCUGGAGUCCUUAAUUCCUUGAAUUCAGCUCCUUGUUGUGGGAUGGAUUUUAACUUGAGCUGACUUUCCUGCUCUGUUUGAUCAACAAGAGGAAACACUGAUAACAAGGAAACAAGAACUGAAGGUUGGCAUAUUCAAGAGCAUCCAUCUAGCUUCAGUACGUCUGGAAACCUUGGAGCUUCUGCAAUUCUUCAUCAUUUGACUAGUUUCUUCAAAGACAAGGACGUGCUACAGGUUGAACCAUGGCUUUGAUGGUGGUCAAGUUUGAUCUGAAAAAGCGAGUGAAGCUCGCACAGACGGUAUGGUUUAUGUACUGGUUUGCUGUACUGGCAGGCAUCCUGGUCCUCAGCUUGGGCCUGUUCUUCAAGAUUGAGUUGCGGAAGCGCUCAGAACUUAUGGACAACAACGAGAGCCACUUCUUGCCCAACGUGCUCAUAAUCAUGGGACUCAUAGCUUGUGCUAUCAACGCCUUUGGAGGCAAAGUCUGCUACGACUCUUUGGACCCUACCAAGUUUGUAAAGUGGAAGCCCAUGCUGAAGACCUUCUUGGUCUUGUGCAUGGUGUUCAACACCCUGCUGUUUUUCACGUCCCUGCUUUGCUUCGUGAUGCGGAUCCCCCUGCAGUUCACCCUGGCCGAGGGGCUGAAGAACGGCAUGAAGUACUACAAGGACACGGACACACCAGGACGCUGCUACAUGAAGAGGACCCUAGACCUGAUGCAGAUGGAGUUCCGCUGCUGUGGUAAUGACAACUACAGAGAUUGGUUUGAGAUUCAGUGGGUCAGCAACCGCUACCUGGACUUCAGCGCCAAGGAAGUGAAAGAUCGCAUCGGAAGCAACGUGGACGGGCAGUACUUGAUGGAUGGAGUGCCAUUCAGCUGCUGCAACCCCAGCUCCCCCAGGCCCUGCAUCCAGCAGCAGAUGACUAACAACUCGGCUCACUACAGUUACGACCACUACACGGAGGAGCUCAACGUUUGGAAGCGUGGCUGCCGUGACGCCCUGCUGUCCUACUAUGGAGGCAUAAUGAACUCUAUCGGAGCGCUGGUGUUGCUGGUCACCAUGUUGGAGGUGGCCGUGACCGUCGGCCUGCAGUACGUCCACAGCUCCCUGUCCACGCUGGCUAACCCAGAGGACAUGGAGAGCGACAGCGAGGGCUACCUCCUCGAGAAGACGGUGAAGGAGACGUUCACUGACAUCAUGACCAAAAUGAAAACCAUGGGCAAAGGCGCAAAGGUGGAGGAGGGGGGCGAGGAACCUGUUGCAACUGUGAGCUGAGCAAACCCCCACCUGCAGAAACUGAGCUAACUUCCACCUCACGUGGAGACAAAAGAGGGGGCGUUUUCUACCAGACUUCAUUCUGUAGACACUUCCUACUCACAUUUAUCCUAUUAACCACACUUUUAAAUGGACUUAAUUACAAAAAGACUUCUCAAAUAAACAACUCUGUACACAUAGAGGUUAUUAAAUCCUGGCUUUCAGUUGUCAAGAUCCAACUUUGCUUCGCUGUAUCUUCUUAAAUAUAUUUAAAGUUUUGAUAUUAUCUUAAUCUGGAUUUUAUUAUUAAUGCUGUAAAAAAUAAUUUUAACUGUAAUAAUUAUUGAUAAGGAUAAGAUGCUCUCUGGUUGCAAGUAGGGGUGUAUUUUUUCCAAUGUAAAGUGGUCAUUGUGGGGAUGGUGGUUGCUAUGCAACUCCCCCUCUCUUGGAAGCCAAAGUUGCAGAUAUUCACUCUCCAGGAUGCACGGCGUUAUACAUGUCUGACCUCUCUGUAAUGCUUUUGAGCAAUAAACCACACAGGAAAAAUUAUUCCACUCAUAUUCCACCCCAUGCUCUUUCCAUCCUGCUGUCCAAGCCUGGAUAAAGGAAAA